AUGGGUAGAGGCGGUGAAAACUACGGGAAAAAAGAGGUUUUUGCUACUACCUCAUCGAAGAAAGAAACGUAUCCAGCCUGGGCGAGAGAUGUUCAAGAAUGCUUAGAGAUAUACCAAGUGAACCCUGAUCUUGGAUUAUCAACUGAAGAGGUUGAAAACAAGAGAAAGAUCUAUGGUUACAAUGAGUUGGAGAAACAUGAAGGUACUUCAAUCUUUAAACUGAUUUUGGAACAAUUUAAUGACACACUAGUUAGGAUUCUAUUAGCGGCAGCAGUUGUAUCUUUUGUUCUUGCGUGGUAUGAUGGAGAGGAAGGAGGUGAGAUGGAGAUCACAGCAUUUGUGGAGCCUCUAGUUAUUUUCUUGAUAUUGAUUGUUAAUGCCAUUGUUGGCAUUUGGCAAGAGAAUAAUGCUGAGAAAGCAUUGGAAGCUCUUAAAGAAAUUCAGUCUGAACAGGCUUCAGUAUUACGAAAUGGUAAACGAACUUCAAUUCUUGCAAAAGAACUUGUUCCCGGUGAUAUAGUAGAACUCAGAGUUGGGGAUAAGGUGCCUGCUGACGUGAGAGUAUUGCGUUUAAUCAGCUCUACUUUUCGAGUUGAGCAAGGUUCCUUGACAGGUGAGAGUGAAGCAGUGAGCAAGACUUCUAAGGCUGUGCCAGAAGAUUCAGAUAUACAAGGGAAAAAAUGUAUGGCUUUUGCAGGGACAACAGUUGUAAAUGGGAAUUGUAUUUGCAUUGUUACCCAAACAGGAAUGAGCACUGAACUCGGACAGGUGCAUUGUCAGAUACAAGAAGCAGCCCAGAGCGAAGAUGAUACACCAUUGAAGAAGAAGUUGAAUGAGUUUGGAGAGCUUCUAACAGCAAUAAUUGGAGUGAUCUGUGCUCUAGUUUGGCUUAUUAAUGUCAAAUACUUCCUCACUUGGGAAUACGUCGAUGGUUGGCCUGCAAAUUUUAAGUUCUCAUUUGAGAAAUGUACAUAUUACUUUGAGAUUGCUGUGGCAUUGGCUGUGGCAGCAAUUCCAGAAGGUUUACCUGCAGUCAUAACAACAUGCUUGGCACUUGGCACUAGGAAGAUGGCCCAAAAAAAUGCCCUUGUUCGUAAGCUGCCCAGUGUUGAAACACUUGGCUGUACAACUGUGAUAUGUUCUGAUAAGACAGGUACUCUAACGACUAAUCAGAUGGCUGUGGCGAAAAUUGUGGCUCUUGGUUCUCGUGUUGGUACUCUACGAGCCUUUGAUGUGGAGGGGACUACAUAUGAUCCUUUGGAUGGAAAAAUAAUUGGUUGGCUUGGAGGUCAACUGGAUGCUAAUCUACAAAUGCUGGGAAAGAUUGCUGCCGUUUGUAAUGAUGCAGGUGUUGAAAAAUCUGGCCAUCAUUUUGUUGCAAAUGGAAUGCCUACUGAAGCAGCUUUGAAGGUUCUUGUGGAAAAGAUGGGGCUUCCUGAAGGAUAUGACUCAAGUUCAGUUGAAACUAAUGGGGAUGUCCUGCGAUGCUGCCAAGCUUGGAACAAGAAUGAGCAACGCAUUGCUACUUUGGAGUUUGACCGGGACCGGAAAUCCAUGGGAGUUAUCACAAAUUCUAAAUCGGGGAAGAAAUCAUUACUCGUGAAGGGUGCUGUUGAAAAUCUUCUGGAUCGGAGUUCAUUUAUUCAGCUGCUUGAUGGAACUAUAGUGAAUUUGGACUCAGACUCGAAGAGAUGUAUAUUAGAUUGUUUGCGUGAGAUGUCUUCUAGUGCACUAAGGUGUUUAGGCUUUGCAUACAAGGAAUAUCUUCCAGAAUUUUCUGAUUAUACUAUUGGUGACGAAGAUCAUCCAGCACAUCAGCUUCUUCUUGACCCAUCCAAAUACUCUACAAUUGAAAGCAAUCUUAUUUUUGCUGGCUUUGUUGGGUUAAGGGAUCCUCCUCGAAAAGAGGUUCAUCAAGCAAUUCAAGACUGUAAAGCUGCUGGUAUUCGCGUCAUGGUUAUCACAGGAGACAACCAGAACACAGCUGAAGCUAUAUGUCGAGAAAUAGGUGUAUUUGGACAACAUGAAGCUAUAAAUUCCAGAAGUUUAACUGGGAAAGAAUUCAUGACAAUGAGCCGGGAGGAUCAGAAAUUUCAUCUAAGACAAGAUGGAGGACUUCUUUUCUCUAGGGCUGAACCAAAACAUAAACAAGAGAUAGUAAGAUUGCUCAAGGAAGAUGGUGAAGUUGUUGCAAUGACAGGAGAUGGAGUCAAUGAUGCACCUGCCUUGAAGUUGGCUGAUAUUGGGAUUGCGAUGGGCAUUGCUGGGACAGAGGUUGCAAAGGAAGCCUCUGAUAUGGUUCUUGCCGAUGACAAUUUCAGUACCAUAGUCGCAGCAGUUGGUGAAGGAAGAUCAAUUUACGACAACAUGAAGGCCUUUAUCAGGUACAUGAUUUCCUCGAAUAUCGGUGAGGUUGCAUCGAUAUUUUUGACAGCAGCACUGGGUAUUCCCGAAGGGAUGAUCCCUGUUCAGCUUCUCUGGGUUAAUCUUGUUACAGAUGGACCCCCAGCAACUGCAUUGGGAUUUAAUCCACCUGAUAACGAUAUAAUGAAGAAACCGCCAAGGAAAAGUGAUGACUCAUUGAUCACAACAUGGAUUUUGUUCCGCUAUUUGGUGAUUGGACUCUACGUAGGGUUAGCAACUGUAGGCGUUUUUAUUAUUUGGUUUACACAUGGUUCAUUCUUGGGCAUCGACCUGUCUGGAGAUGGUCACAGCCUUGUCUCUUACUCUCAGCUUGCCAACUGGGGUCAGUGCCCGUCUUGGGAAGGAUUCUCCGUGUCACCCUUCACAGCCGGGGAUGAAGUCUUCAGCUUCGAUUCAGAUCCGUGCGAGUAUUUCCGCUCAGGCAAGAUCAAGGCAUCAACCCUCUCACUUUCUGUUCUGGUUGCUAUUGAGAUGUUCAAUUCCCUCAACGCCCUCUCUGAGGACGGUAGCUUGUUGACAAUGCCCCCUUGGGUUAACCCCUGGCUCCUCCUCGCCAUGUCAGUUUCAUUCGGCUUGCACUUUUUGAUUCUGUAUGUGCCAUUCCUCGCCAAGAUCUUCGGCAUUGUCCCGCUUUCCUUGAAUGAAUGGCUCUUGGUUCUAGCUGUGGCAUUGCCCGUAAUCAUAAUCGAUGAGAUUCUGAAAUUCAUUGGAAGACGCACUAGUGGGUUGAGGACUUCUCGCCCGAGCAGAUUAUCUAAGCAGAAAUCUGAGUAAACAUCUCGGGAAGUAGAAAGGUAUCAUGGUCAACGGCAUUUACAAAUUCAUCAAUAUUAACGAGAAAGGAGAGGAAAGGUAGAGUUGAUGUUUCUGAAAAAGUUGAAAUGAGGAAGAGUAUAUUGGCGGUAGAGAAAAUGGGUGGGUCUUGUUUUACGAACUCCCAUUUCUUUAACUUCAUUUUACCAUCAACAAUAUUUUUGAAGCUGUUGUGGCAGAGCAUAUUAUUACUACUGUGAAACAGUAAAACUUAGAUUUAUUUUCAUUCCUAAAAACAUCUUUUAGUUAACUCCCCAAUUAGUGAAAAAUUGAUGGAUAUGGUUUCAUUGUUGCUUAAUUUAAAGUGAAUUUCAUUCUUUUAUUA